UUAAUCUCGCUUCCUACGUUUUGUGACUCGACACUCCAAUCCUUUUACAGUUUUAACUGGUUUAUUGUGCUGGUCAUACAGGUAGCGGUCUGAACUCAGGAUUUUAUAUACCCAAGUGUAGGUAUAGACAUUAAAAGUGCGUUGAAUUCACACCACACAUCAAAAUGCCAGUCAAGUUUCUGGAACUCAUAAAGCCGUUCUGUGUCGUCCUUCCUGAAAUAGAAAAACCUCAAAGAAAGAUUCAAUUCCGUGAGAAAGUACUAUGGACAGCAAUUACUUUGUUCAUCUUCUUGGUUUGUUGUCAAAUUCCUUUGUUUGGAAUUAUGUCAUCUGAUUCAGCGGAUCCAUUUUAUUGGAUGCGUGUUAUGAUGGCAUCGAACAGAGGAACUCUCAUGGAACUUGGUAUUUCACCAAUCAUUACAUCUGGUCUCAUCAUGCAGCUUCUUGCUGGAGCAAAACUUAUUGAAGUAGGAGAUUCACCAAAAGACAGGGCACUGUUUAACGGAGCUCAAAAGUUAUUCGGAAUGGUGAUCGCUAUUGGACAAUCUGUUGUUUAUGUAAUGACAGGAAUGUACGGUGAACCAGCUGAUAUGGGCGCUGGAAUAUGUCUACUCAUCAUCAUUCAGCUUUUUGUUGCGACUCUGAUUGUGCUUCUGCUUGAUGAACUUCUGCAAAAGGGUUACGGACUUGGAAGUGGUAUUUCUCUCUUUAUUGCAACCAACAUCUGUGAGACCAUUGUGUGGAAAGCAUUCAGUCCAGCUACUGUUAAUACCGGGAAAGGAACUGAAUUCGAAGGUGCAGUGAUUGCUCUCUUCCAUUUGCUUGCUACUCGUUCCGAUAAAGUCCGUGCACUUCGUGAAGCUUUUUACCGACAAAACCUCCCAAAUCUGAUGAACCUCAUGGCCACUGUCUUUGUGUUCGGGGUGGUUAUAUACUUCCAGGGAUUCCGAGUUGACCUGCCAAUCAAAUCUGCUCGUUACCGUGGACAGCAAAGCAGUUAUCCAAUCAAAUUGUUCUACACUUCCAACAUUCCAAUUAUCCUGCAAUCAGCUCUUGUUUCAAAUCUUUAUGUGAUCUCACAGUUGUUGGCCGUUCGUUUCCGUGGCAACUUCCUCAUUAGUUUACUUGGUGUUUGGGGGGAUGUUGAAGGGGGUGGUCCAGCUCGUUCUUAUCCCAUUGGUGGACUUUGUUACUACCUCUCCCCACCAGAGUCGUUUGCUGGGAUGUUGGCUGAUCCUAUACAUGCGUUUGUAUACGUGGCAUUUAUGUUGGGAUCAUGUGCUUUCUUCUCCAAGACCUGGAUUGAAGUCUCUGGUUCUGCUGCUAAAGAUGUAGCCAAGCAAUUGAAGGAACAGCAGAUGGUGAUGAGAGGCCACAGGGAGAAGUCUAUGAUCCAUGAGCUGAACAGAUACAUUCCAACUGCUGCUGCUUUUGGUGGUCUCUGUAUUGGAGCUUUAUCUGUGAUGGCAGAUUUCAUUGGAGCCAUUGGUUCUGGCACUGGUAUCUUGCUGGCUGUCACCAUCAUUUACCAAUACUUUGAAAUCUUUGUUAAAGAACAAGCAGAAGUAGGAGGCAUGAGUACUCUGCUGUUCUAAUGUGGUUGCACUCGCAUAGCUCAACUCAAAAAAGCAACCGUUUUUUCCGACAGCAAUAAUUUAUUGUGGUGCCACCGCAUUGGGGACUUUUUAAUGGCGUCGCUAUUUUUCUUGUCGGUGGUACGGGUAGAUUUUAAUUUGGAAGUUUCAAGAAAUUUAUAUAGAAGGCUUAUUUGAUGUUAUUUUCUUUCCGAAAAGAGCAAUUGGUGUCGAUUUCCAUGAUACUAACGUUGCUUUUGUUGCACCCGCACUAUUUCCUUGUAUGCUGAACCUGCAACGUUAAGCUGUAAACCUCCUGAUCAUGCUGGAGUUUCAAAAGCCACCGUGCCUAUAUAUAAAUACAUGUACAUAUCGUUGUUUCAGCAGCAACAAUGUUAUUUCUGUUUUUGUCGGGAUGGUUAUUGUCUGAAAUUUGCGUCGCAUAUAACGGAACACCAAAACUUACUGGCUUAGUUUUUAAUUACAAAGAUUUAACAACAUUAGCGCAAAUCUUAUUGCCUGAUAUGCGUGCUGCCAAAUUGAAAUGCCGGUUUGCGUUCCACUGUUACGUGUUGCAAUGUGUGCGCGAGCAAGUAUGAAAUGGUUAAUAAAAUUGGGAUAAAAUUA